AUGACCUUCACUAUGCGCGGCGUGCUUUCCCUCGCCUGCCUCAUCCUCUCUCUCGGCCUGGUGGAGCGUGUCGCGUCCUUCGACCUCACCAGGAACGACAAUCUUGCUGUCUAUUGGGGCCAGGACUCCUCCGGUAACCAGAAGAGUCUCGCCUCCUACUGCCAGGACAGCACUAUAGACGUCUUCCCGAUCGCCUUCCUGUACAUCUUCCGCGGCACGGGCGGCGAGCCGGUCAUCGACUUCGCGAACACCUGCAACCAAUGGGACCAAGGCACCUUCUCCGGCACGGACCUCGCGAACUGCACGAGCAUGGCGAAGGACAUUAAGACGUGCCAGGCCGCGGGCAAGCUCGUCACGCUCUCGCUCGGCGGCGCGACCGGUCAGGUCGGCUUCUCCUCCGACUCGCAGGCGCAGAGCUUUGCGGACCAAGUGUGGAACCUUUUCCUCGGUGGCUCGAGCAGCAUCCGCCCCUUCGGCGACGCGGUCCUCGACGGAGUCGACCUUGACAUUGAGAGCGGCACCCCUGCACACUACGCCGCGUUCGUAAACCGCAUCCGCUCUAACGCAGGCGAGACGACUCUCAACGCCACCUCGUUCGCGCUCAACGUUACCGCGCACGCGAAUGCCACCCUGCAUGCGAACACCACACACGGACACGCCAACGCCACGACCACCCACGCCGACAAGGCUAAGAACACCACAACUGUUAUUGAUGUCACGAACAAGAACAAAUAUUAUUAUAUCACUGCGGCCCCGCAAUGUCCGUACCCUGACGCAUACAUCGGCGCCGCGCUAAACGAUGCGCCCUUUGAUGCCGUCUACGUCCAGUUCUACAACAACUACUGCGGGCUCGACCAGCCCUCGGACUACAACCUCGCGACGUGGGACACGUGGGCGAAGACGAAGUCCGCGAACAAGAAGGUGAAAGUGUACAUCGGCGCGCCCGGCUCGGCGGACUCCGCGGGCGAGGGCUACGUCGACGUCGGCACGCUCGCGGACUACGUCGCGGACGCGCAGGCGAAGUACUCCUCCUUCGGCGGCGUCAUGCUCUGGGACGCGUCGACUGCACAUGACAACGCGCGCUUCGACCUCGGCAUCAAGAACGCGAUGACGGCGUCCGCGCUGAAGCUCACGCCCGAGCAGCUGCCGCGCUCGAACACGACGACCGCCGCGGCGCCCGCGAAGUCCAGCCAGGCUAGCGGCCGCAAAGCCACACCCGGCAAGCCCCGCGCGUACUCGCGCUUCUUCCGGCUCUGAUUCUGGCGCGACUUUGCGUUCUUUCUUUCUUUCUCAUCUCAUCGGGCGGUGCAUUGACUGCACCAGGGCGCCUCGGCCAUGGUAUGACGCGAGGCAGGUAUUUAUCUCGCUAGACGAGCUGGCGGAGAGUGCUUGGAGAGCACUUAGAGUGUAUUAGUACGGGCUCGGGUGAUUGUAUCACUUACAACUGGAACGCAAUGAAUC